GACGGAAAAAGCGAUAGCGGUAUGAUUUUGUUCACUGCUGUGGAAAGUUUAUCAAUUUAAGCCCAUAAACUUUAUUUUGUAUAUCAGAGGUAGCCAUGAGUUAUGUAAAAGCUUUUAAAGAUUUUGUUGAAAAUGGAUAUGUUAUCAUCCCAAAUUUCCUCAGUGACACAGAAGUUGCAAGUCUAAAAAAUGAAUGUUCAAAAUUAGCUGAAAAUUUUUCUCCACCUCAACAUUGUUCUGUAUUUCACACUGGAAAGGAUCAGUCUCGAGAUGAUUAUUUCAUAAAUUCUGGAGACAAAAUCUCAUUUUUCUUUGAAAAAGAUGCUGUUGAUAAAGAAGGAAACUUAGUUGUUGACAAAAGUAAAGCACUGAAUAAAAUUGGACAUGCCCUUCACUGGUGGAAUCCAACUUUUAAACAUAUCAGUUUUGACAAAAAAAUAAAAGAUUUAUUUCGCUGUUUUGAAUACGAAGAUCCUGCUAUUGUUCAAAGCAUGAUAAUCUAUAAGCACCCAGAAAUUGGUGGAGAAGUCACACCCCAUCAAGAUUCCACAUUCUUAUAUACUGAACCUCUGAGCACAAUUGGGCUUUGGUUUCCUUUAGUUGAUAUAACCUUGGACAAUGGUUGUUUAUGGUUCAUUCCAAAAUCUCAUAAAGAUGGGAAAAUAUACCAAAGAUAUGUCAGGAAUCCAGAGAAAAAUCCUCUUUUGAUUUUAAAUGGAGAAAUGCCUAAAUUUGAUGAUAGCCUAUAUGUUCCCACUCUUCCCAAAAAAGGAGACUGUGUGGUUAUUCAUGGUUCUGUAAUUCAUAAAAGUGGAAAAAAUACAACUGAUAAAUCUAGACCAGUGUACACUUUUCAUGUUAUUGAAAAGAAAGAUACAAAAUACAGUGAACAGAAUUGGUUACAACCAACUGAAGUUCUACCUUUUUCAUCUGUUUAUUCAAACUGAAAUUAUUUUGUAGAAAUAUUGACUCAUGAUUUUUAAAUAAGAAUAAAUUUUAUAUUUUGU